AACUGCCAUCGGAGAUCGUCGCUGAGGCGAUACUCGUUCCCGCGCAUUGGCGCCAUCUGCCGCGAGCGCGGGACGGGGGCGCGAGUGCGCGGCGCGUGGUGCAGGGCCCCCGCUGCGCGAGACCAUCCCUUAACCCCGGGAAAUGGUAAUUAAAACUGUGUUUACCAGGAGGGAAAAAGUUCUCAAAUUACCGAACGUUGCCAAAGUUCGUACUGAAAUCUGACGUUAGUAAAAACGGUUCAAGACGAACUUGUCAUACGACGUGUGAACAGGUUUCCCUCCACUGAAAAGAUGUGGGGAAUUAUGCCAGAAGAUCAGGAUUAACUAAACACCUCUGUUUAUAGCAGGCUGCUCAUCUACACACGUCUUCUCAUUAUUUAUUAAAAAUGGUGUAGGUUAUAAUAAAUCCAUUAGAAAUCUCUGAUAAUUCCCAUAAGAGCCGUGUUCACUAUAAAUCUGUUGUUCGGACUGUUCCCUCUGGCUCUGGGCUCUUCUAGUGGACACAUAAAAGUAAACAACAAUUAACUUUCAUUUGUAAAUAACUUAAAGCAUUAUAAUGUACUUUCUGAAUGCACAUUUGGACCACCUUAUACCUCAGGGCUCGUCUGGGAUUACUUUUAAUUUCAUUAUAAGUCCAGUAUAAUAAGUUAGGGUUAUUAAAUGUAUUUAAAAGUGCAGCACCGAAGGUCAGAGGUCAUGCGCCUGGACUCUGGGCUCUUCUCUUGUGCCACUUUGGGUAAAAGUUAAUUAGUGGAGAUCUGUUGAUGUUUCGGAUCUUUUGCCACGGCUGAAAAAACAGGAAGCCUUCAGUGAAGAGCAGCGCCGGGUCCCAGCAGGACGGCACCGGGGCACAAUAACAACACUUCUCCGCAUUUUUUAACUCCACUGUUCAGCCAGUUUGGUUGUAUGUCGCACAGUGUGUUUGCCUGCACCAGUCUACUGCUUUGAAUAUUGAGAAGCCUAAAACAUGCCACUUUAAUGUGAAAUCACUGUACCGGUGUCACAUUUAAAACUUAAUUUUGAUGCACUUAAGCAAAUGACAGAGCUGAGAAAGAAUGGGGCAAAGUGAUGAUUCAUUUGGAAAUGUUAGUGUUGAAAUUUGUUAUAUCUUUCAGACUCAUUUAAAGAAGCUAUCAGUCACAACUGGACGAAGGAUGUUGAAAAACUGGGGUUUCGAGCGGCUUUCAUCAGGCGUGGAUUUCAGAACUUUUGAGGUAUAAGAAAAAACGACGUCCAGCAUGGAGCAGAGCAGUGAAUAUACAGACGGUUACGAUUACUAUGAUGACAACAGCACAGCAUGCAACUUCGAGGAGUGGGAACCCUCGUACUCCCUAAUCCCAGUGCUCUACAUGCUCAUCUUCAUCCUGGGACUGUCGGGCAAUGGGGUAGUCAUCGUUACAGUCUGGAAGUCCAAGUUUAAGCGCAGGGCAGCGGACAUCUACAUCGGCAACCUGGCACUGGCUGACCUGACCUUUGUGGUGACCCUCCCGCUGUGGGCUGUCUACACAGCACUGGGCUACCAUUGGCCCUUUGGCGUGGCGCUCUGCAAGAUCAGUAGCUACGUGGUGCUGGUGAACAUGUACGCGAGCGUCUUCUGCCUCACCUGCUUGAGCUUUGACCGCUACCUGGCCAUCGUGCACUCGCUGUCCAGCAGUCGGCUACGCUCCAGGGGCUCCAUGCUGGCCUCCCUGGGGGGCAUCUGGCUGCUCUCGUGCGUCCUGGCCGUGCCCACGCUGCUGUUCCGCACCACUGUGGAAGAUACCACCUUGAACCGCACCACCUGCGGUAUGGACUUCAGCCUGGUGACGCUGAACCAGCUGCACGAGUCACUGUGGAUCGCUGGGCUGAGCCUCUCCUCCUCAGCGCUGGGCUUCCUACUGCCCUUCCUGGCCAUGACCGUGUGCUACUGCUUCAUCGGCUGUACCGUCACCCGCCACUUCAACAACCUGCGCAAGGAGGACCAGAAGAAGCGCCGCCUGCUGAAGAUCAUCACCACGCUGGUGGUGGUCUUUGCUAUCUGCUGGACGCCCUUCCAUGUACUCAAGAGCAUGGAUGCCCUCUCCUACCUCGGCUUGGCGCCCAAUACCUGCGGCUUCCUCCGCUUCCUGCUGCUGGCGCACCCGUACGCCACCUGCCUGGCCUAUGUCAACAGCUGCCUCAACCCCUUUCUCUAUGCCUUCUUCGACCUGCGCUUCCGCUCCCAGUGCCUUUGCUUGCUGAGCCUGAAGAAGGCCAUGCAUGGCCAGAUGAGCUCCGUGUCCUCCACCCUGAGUGCCCAGACGCAGAAGUCCGAGGUGCAGUCUUUGGCCACCAAGGUGUGAGGCCCAGCGAGGGCGAGCGGGGCUACAGCAGGAGGGUGACCGCUGCUCCUGCCUCCCAUCCCCAAGUAACGCUGCAGGUAAAUCAAAGGCUUCAGGUGACAAACUUUCUUAUCAGUUUCCAUUUGCUCCUGGAGAUGAAGAUGAAGGUGUCAGAAAAAUCCUGGACAGUUCAGAGAGAAAAACUGAGUUCACUGGAGGAAAGCUGGUGCACGCAGGGCUGUGUUCCACAUCUCCCAAUGACAGCCGCGCCCCAGGCGUGUUCGCACACAAGAUUGUCGGCCCCACUCCCCCUUCCAGCAGCAGGCACCAGCUGGCUGAGCCCAUGGCUGCUGGUUUCCCACGCACCUUCUUGAGGUAAACAGUGAAAAAAGUGACUUCUUCUCACUUGCUCCCUGCAGUAGAGUGGAAGCGGGACAAGGAGAGAUUGGAGUGUGUUCACUCUGAUUACACUGGUAAAAAAGACAAAUGUACAGUAUUUUCGUACCUUACUCUUUGUUGUUGUUCUUGUUGUUGUUCUUGUGGUUUUGUUUCCAAGCACUUGUCUAAAAGAGGCAAAAGGAGGGAGGGGAGUAAAGUGGCAAAGUGUCUCCUCACCUCUGUCUCCACAGUGUUAGUUAGGCCAGGAGACUCGGGGAAGACAGGGGUUAGGUGGAGGGUGUAAAUCAAGGAAACUUGUUGUGUCUUAAUUAGAGGGGGCAGGCAGAUGGUGGCUGACAAACACUGUUUGGUCUUCUGGGGGUCUCUGAAGACAGAACUCCUAGAGGGAACCUGUGCACUGAGGAUGGGGUGGCAAUUUCAUGAAUUACUCGUGUGUGUAUUUUGUCAACUAUGUAACUAACUGCUGUAUGAUACAAUUAUGCUUUUUUUUUGUUUGCAAUAAAUCAUGU